UCAUGCCCACAGCCCAUCUCCACCGUAUGGAUCUGGUCCAAGUCCUGCGUACAGUCAAAGCUCAACUUCAGCGGAAGAAAGAUUGACAGACAAGUGCGGUUGUGAGAAGGCGAAGUAAAAUGGUCAGGAAGUGGCCCAACAUCGUCAUCACGGGUACACCCGGGACGGGCAAAUCGACGCUUUCGUCCAUGCUAGUUGACCCGACAUCAUCCUCCUCCUCUUCAGCCUCCACUUCGGCAUCGAUUUCCUCGCACUUGCACCACAUCAAUGUCUCGUCUAUGAUUAGGCAGCGCAAAGAUCUGCAAGUCAGCUACGACGAAGAGUGGGAUGCCUUCGAGGUGGAUGAAGACUUGCUGCUUGACGAGCUGGAGAAGCAGACUGGUGGAACCGCACCAGAACCAGUAGACGAAGACGAGCCGCAGACUGGGUCAGCAACAGUGUCUGACGCCAGCGCUGGUGGAGAAGGAGAUGGAGAAGGAGGUUUGAUCCUCGACUGGCACACGAAUGAAAUAUGGCCUGAGCGAUGGGUAGACUUGGUGGUCGUGUUGCGAACGGACCAUUCCGUUCUUUGGCAACGGCUAGAAAGCAGGGGGUACCCCGCGCACAAAAUCCAAGAGAACAACCAGGCGGAGAUCAUGCAGACAGUUCUGGAAGAAGCACGAGGGGCAUAUCCAAAUGAGGCCAUCGUCGAGCUCCAGAACAACAACAAUGACGAACUGGAGGAGAAUGCAGAGCGGCUGCUGCAGUGGAUCAUACAAUGGCGUAAAGAUCGCGGCCUCGCGUAGCCUGGCACCUAUGCCGCAAACCUGUAUCAGCCCAGAACCGAGCGUCACUCGUUCCAAAGUCUUCGACUUGCCUGAAAAGGGAGUUUCCACACCUGUGCGGCAUCCAAAGCCCACAAGGCCCUUACACCCCAAUGCCAGCACCUUUGCAGCUAGCCAUUGUACUCUUCCCAGGGUGAUGAGUUCCAGUCCAUGUUCCUUGACAUGAUGCUCUUGGACGUUAGAGAACCUGUUCAGACUACGCUGAGAAAGGCUUGAACGGUUUCCUCGGAUCCCUAACCAAGCAUGUGGACGAAAUGCAUUCUAGUCUUCGUUGAUCUUGCAGGCACUGGAUGAGUGCUUGAUAGAUACCAAUGAUGCUUCCUUGUUUCGGUUUAAUGUGCA